CGGAGCCCUGGUCCUCCGUGGGUAGGAGGAUCAGCUCCCUCCCCGGAGUCCGCGGCGCCCUGGGCUGACGUCCCGCUUCUCUCCCUGCCGUCAUCGCUGUGUUGCGGUCUGGACGCAGGCGGCCGGCGCUACUCGGUAGUUUCAGCCGCGCCCAGCCCCGCCCCGGUCCCGCCCCCGGCGCUCCCUACGGUUCCUCUGGUCUUGGGUGUCCGACCUAGUCGAUACUGAUCUCAAUCCGUCCGGAACGCCUGCCUGUUUCCCUCAAGCUAGAAGAGAUCUUCAGUUCUCAGAAGAGCCAAAGCGUCUCUGGACCUAGGUGGGGAAAGAGCUGGCUGUGAUCUUUGCCCUGUCCUGGAGGGCCCAGCCUUGGGCUGAAUGGCAGCACCCACGCUAGGUCGUCUGGCGCUGACCCACCUGCUGGUAGCUCUCUUCGGCAUGGGCUCGUGGGCUGCCGUCAACGGGAUCUGGGUGGAGCUGCCUGUGGUGGUAAAAGACCUUCCGGAGGGUUGGAGCCUCCCCGCAUACCUCUCUGUGUGUGUGGCGCUGGGGAACCUGGGUCUGCUGGUGGUGACCCUGUGGAGGCGGCUGACCCUGGACAAGGGCGAGCGGGUCCCCAUCCAGGUGGUGCAGGCGCUGAGCAUGGUGGGCACAGCCCUGCUGGCCCCUCUGUGGCACCAUGUAGCCCUAGUAGCAGGGCAGCCUCACUCCGUGGCCUUCCUAGCAUUGGCCUUGGUGCUGGCAAUGGCCUGCUGCGCCUCUAAUGUCACUUUCCUGCCCUUCUUGAGCCACUUGCCACCUCCCUUCCUACGGUCGUUCUUCCUGGGUCAGGGUCUCAGCGCCCUGCUGCCCUGUGUGCUGGCCCUAGUGCAGGGUGUGGGCCGCCUCGAGUGCCCACCAGCCCCCACCAACGGUACCCCUGGUCCCCCACUUGACUUCCCUGAGCAUUUUUCUGCCAGCACCUUCUUCUGGGCACUUACUGCCCUUCUGGUCACUUCAGCUGCCGCCUUCCAGGGUCUUCUACUGCUGUUGCCAUCACCACCAUCGGCACCCACAGCGGGCCCAGGGCCGGGCCUGCAGGUGGGAGCCCCAGGAGCAGAGGAGGAGGAGGAAGAGAAAGAGAUCUCACUGUUGCAGGAGCCACCAAGCCAGGUGGCAGGCACCACCCCUGGCCCAGACCCUGAGGGCUAUCGGCUGCUCUCAGCCCGCAGUGCCUGCCUGCUAGGCCUGCUGGCCAUCACCAAUGCACUGACCAAUGGUGUGCUGCCUGCGGUACAGAGCUUUUCCUCUUUGCCCUACGGGCGCCUGGCCUAUCACUUGGCCGUGGUGCUGGGCAGUGCUGCCAACCCCCUCGCCUGCUUCCUGGCCAUGGGCGUGCUGUGCAGGUCCCUGGCAGGGUUAAGCGGUCUCUCUCUGCUGGGCAUGCUAUUUGGAGCCUACCUGAUGGCACUGGCAGUCCUGAGCCCCUGCCCACCCCUAGUGGGCACCUCUGCAGGGGUGGUCCUUGUGGUGCUGACGUGGGUGCUGUGUCUGGGCGUGUUCUCAUAUGUGAAGGUGGCAAUCAGCUCCCUGCUGCACGGUGGGGGCCAGCAAGCAUUGCUGGCAGCUGGCGUGGCCAUCCAGGUGGGCUCUCUUCUCGGCGCUGUCGCUAUGUUCCCUCCCACCAGCAUCUACCACGUGUUCCGCAGCGGAAAGGACUGUGUGGACCCCUGUGGACCCUGAGCCUGGGCAGGAGGGGUCCUCACUCCACUCCUGUCUUCACCUUGAGGCUGCCACAGGCCUGAGUGCCUGUGGCCCAGAGAGGCCCCCCACGUGGCACACUCACAGGCACCUGCACACUCCACAGGAGACCCUGGCACUUCAGGCACCGGGAACAAAGAGCAGGCCUGGAGCCAGGGCUGGGUUGGGGCUGUGGGCUAAGCCCCUGGGCUGGGGACCUAUGUGGAAUUUGCACAGUAAAACAUUCUUACUCAGAGAGUGGG